UGUAACCGCAGUAAUAUGUUUAGUUACUUGGAUGAAUCACCCCAGUCAGGAUGUUCCAGUAACUUCUCCCCCAACGUAUCCCACCGAAUUAGGGCUUCCACCACAAGUGAGCCUGGAAGUCCUACAAUAGAAGAUGCCAUUCUUAUGAAUUGUCAGAACAAUAAUGUUACUGACAAUAAUAAAGAUGAUAUCAAAGAUAUAACACUUGCUGACCUGAUGAAUUCACUAACUAUGGGGGGAGGCAGUUCUAUUUACAAUCAGUUGAACAAUGUGCCGGUAUGUAAUGUUACCAGGCAGUCAGGGAUAACAAACCCUUACAUGAAUAUGGGCUCACAGCAGUUCCCCAAUGCAGCUCUCCUUGGAAUGCAGCAGCCAUCAACAUAUUGUGGAAUGAACCACCUUCAUGGACUCUCGAAUAAUUAUAACAGACAGCAGUCACUUUCACCAUUGCACAAUAGUCUUGAUAUGAAUGUUGCCCUACAGAAUGCACUUUCUAGUCCUAUUUUACCCUAAUUUAAUGGAAAACGGAAGUUUUCUGACGACUGGGAGUGAUGGAUGGUCUGGAGGUUGUCAAGGCAACUUCCUAUCAGGUGACCCAUACUCCAUUGAGAAAGCUGCAAGAUUACACAGGAAUG